UUUAAUUUUAGAUUUCCCAUCAAAUUCCCUAGAAGAAGAAAAACAAAUCAUGAUAAAACUAAUAAUAAUCAAGUAACAACAUCCCCUACCUCCACCUCCGCCUCCUUCUCCGCCUCCUCAAACCCUUUUCCUUUUCAAGAUCAUGGGGAUCAGAGGCGGCGUCCUCCCCUCUUGACACCCCCACACAAUUGCAUGGCAUGGAAAUCGAUUGAAUCACCCUCGUAUAAACGAAGGGUGAUGGUUGUUGCGGAGGCCACCGCCGAGUCGGUGGCGGCCUUACAAUACGUCCUUUCUCAUGCAAUGCAAGACAAGGAUGAUUUGAUCCUAAUCAACGUCGCCCCCCAACCACGACCGUCCAAAAGAGCCCCGUUUAUUAAAUCCUUCUUCCGACGUCACUCGGAUCCUGGGUUGGCGGGGAUCUCUAAUUUCGAUCCUGUGUCUAUUGACGCGGAGCGUGGCGGUGGUGGUGGUGGUAACGGCGGAGGAAAAGAUUUUCUACAGGUGAUGAAGAGAGCGUGUAAAGGGACGUUCCCGAAUUCGAGGAUUUGGGUUGAGAAGGUGGAGCAAGGGAGUUUGGAUAAUAAGGGUGCUCUUAUUUUGUCAAGGUGUAAGGAGUUGCUGGUUGAUUUACUUGUUGUUGGCCAACGUCGUCAUUUCGUUUCUGUUCUAUUAGGACCAAGAAGAUCUUUUAGUACCGGAUCAACGCAACUACGAGGAGCGGUGUCAAAAACAGUAGACACAGUUGAGUAUUUGAUAGAGAAUAGCCCAUGCACAUGUGUGGCAGUUCAAAAGAAGGGCCAAAGUUCAGGCUACAUUCUCAAUUCCAAAACUCACAAAAAUUUCUGGCUUUUGGUCUGAAUUCAACUAGUUUUAGAGGUUUAAAUUAUCUAUUUUUCAACCUUGAAAAUUUAAAGCACUAGAAUGGAUAGCAUCAUUAAGUCGGAUAUUUGGAUCGGAUCAACGGAAGAUUCAAACCAUUAUCCGGACUUCGUUGGCCAAAUUAUUUAUUCUCUAUUUAUUUUAUUUUUAAUAGGGGAUUUAAUGGUUGGAAAAUACAAAGAUUGUACAUUUGUACUAGCUCAUGAUGUUUUUUUUGGGUGUACCAUCCGGCUCAUGAUGUUGAGUUGAAUAUUUGUUUCUUGAAGUUUAACAUAGUAAAAAUUAAAGGAAAAAAACAGAAAAAAAUGACUGGUACUAAAUUAUUAUUGGCACCUUGAAAAAAAAUGUUAGAUAAUUUCUAUUUUGAGCUUGUGUUAUUCAUAAUUA